UAUUGCCUCCUUUAUGGAAAGCCGGGAGAAGGAAUGGACAGACCCCCCCUCCCUGCCUCCGCCCCUAGCCCAGCCCCAGCUGGCUCCUUGGGUUGCAGGACUUGCGUGUGGUUGUGUGUGUGUGUGUGUGUGUGUGUGUGUGUGGUGCACUGCAGAUGUAGUGGGCAAAAGUGUGGGCGCUUCGGGGAGGGCGCUGAGGCAGCCUCUUUUCACAUCUGUGGUGGCUUUUCCCCACUUGUCCGGGGGGCGGGGACAAAGGAGAAAGGCCAGAGAAUGUCGUCCCAGGCGGUGGGGAACCAGACCUCCUCUCAGGCCACGGAUGACUACGCCUAUGGCAACUGGUACAUCGACGAGCCCCAGGGUGGCCAGGAGCUCCAGCCAGAGGGGGAAGUGCCCUCCUGCCGCCCCAGUGUGCUGUCUGGCCUCCUCCACGUCUGCCUGGCCGUGCUGUCGAUCCUUGUGCUGCUGCUGCUGGCUGCGCUCGUGAGGCGCCGCCAGCUCGGGUCCCGCUGCGGGCACAGCAGGCCUGGACUGCCCAGCCCCGUGGAUUUCUUGGCUGGGGACAGGACCUGGCUGGUGCCUGCCGCGGUCUUCACUGUCCUCUUCAGCUCCUUGUGUUUGCUGCUCCCUGCUGAGGACCCGUUGCCCUUCCUGACCUUGGCCUUGCCCACCAGCCGAGGGCCAUGGAAGAUACUCGCCCUGCUUUACUACCCUGCCCUCUACUACCCUCUGGCCGCCUGUGCCACGGUCAGGCAUGGAGCUUCAUACCUGCUCGGCAGCGCGCUGUCCUGGGCUCACUUCGGGGUCCAGGUGUGGCAGAGGGUAGAGUGCCCCCAGGCACCCAAGAUCUACAAGUACUACUCCCUGCUGGCUUCCCUGCCUCUGCUUCUGGGCCUCGGAUUCCUGAGCGUUUGGUACCCGGUGCAGCUGGUGAGAAGCUUCAGCCGUAGGACAGGAGCGGGCGCUGAGGGGCUGCAAAGCAGUUACUCUGAGGAAUAUCUGAGGACCCUCCUUUGCCGGAAGAAGCUGGAAAGUGGCUCCCACACCUCCAAGCGUGGCUUCCUGUCCCGGUUCUGGAUCUGCUGCAGAAACUAUGUCUACACUCCACAGCGAGGAUUCCAACUCCCUGUGAAUCUGGUGCUUUCAGCCACCUUGACGGGGACAGCCAUCUACCAGGUGGCCCUGCUGCUGCUGGUGGGCGUGGUACCCACCAUCCAGAAGGUGAGGGCGGGGAUCACCACGGAUGCCUCCUAUCUACUGGCUGGCUUUGGGAUCGUGCUCUCCGAGGACAGGCAGGAGGUGGUGGUGCUGGUGAAGCAUCAGCUGUGGGCUCUGGAAGUUUGCUACAUCUCGGCCUUGGUCCUGUCGUGCUCACUCACCUUCCUCAUGCUGAUCCGCUCACUGGUGGCGCACAGGACCAACCUGCAAGCUCUGUACCGAGGGGCUGCCCUGGACCUGAGCCCCGUGCCCCGGAGGCCCCACCCCUCCCGCCAGACCAUAUUCUGUUGGAUGAGCUUCAGUGCCUACCAGACUGCUUUUACCUGCCUUGGGCUCCUGGUGCAGCAGAUCAUCUUCUUCCUGGGAAUCACGGCCCUUGCCUUCCUGGUGCUCAUGCCCAUGCUCCAUGGCAGGAACCUCCUGCUCCUCCGAUCCUUGGAGUCCUCAUGGCCCUUCUGGCUGACCUUGGUCCUGGCUGUGGUCCUGCAGAACGUGGCAGCCCACUGGGUCUUCCUAGAGACUCACCAUGGACGCCCAGAGCUUACCAACCGGCGAGUGCUCUACGCAGCCACGUUCCUCCUCUUCCUCAUCAACGUGCUGGUGGGUGCCGUGGUGGCCGCCUGGCGAGUGCUCUUCUCUGCCCUCUACAACGCUGUCCACCUCGGCCAGAUGGACUUCAGCCUGCUGCCACCUCGAGCCGCCGCUCUUGACCCUGGGUACUACACAUACUGCAGCUUCCUGAAGAUCGAGGCCAGCCAGUCACAUCCAGCCACAACAGCGUUCUGUGACCUGCUUCUGCGAACACAGCGGCCCCAGCCCCUCCGGGCACCCCGGGACGGCCUCAGACAAGGGGAGGAAGAAGAAGGGAUGCAGCUCCUGCGGACCAAGGACCCCGUGGCUAGAGGAGCAGGGCCCAGGGCCUGCCAAGGCAGGGCCCGCUGGGGUCUGGCCUACACGCUGCUACACAACCCGGCCCUGCAGGCCUUCCGGAAGACGGCCCUGUCCGGUGCCUAGGUCAACGGAGCCCAGUGCUGAGGGUGGGGAAGAUGCUGUGUCCUUGUUUGUGCUGGGGUCCUUCCCCUCCUCCCAGCCCACUGCCUCCCCUGCAUCCUCAGUGUCACCCUGGCCAGGGCAGCCUCUCCCCAUAGCAGCAGCUCUGCCAGCAAGUUCCCCGGAUGGGCGACCGGCACCAGAAGCCAGGGGGCGCUGUGGCUGGGUGCAGGUCUGUCUAGACCAGGAGCCUCGGGAGGGCUCUGGUCUGCACCCUCGGUCUUGGGAACUUGGGAAGCCAGCGAAGGCUCCAGAGGACGUAACUGGUGGUUUAGGUCCUUGGUCUGGGAGCCAGUGGAACCGGGAGGCCACAUCCAGGCCCUUCCACCAGCCUCAGCCUCACUGCAGCCUUCUCCUGCCGGGGCUUGGCCAGAUUCUGGCCAGAAGAGCCCCACGUUCCAGCUCAGCCCCACCUCGGCCUUGGAUCUCACCACCACGGAACCAGACACAGUGCUUCCUCUCUCCUCCGGCUUCCCCCCCUCCCUUCUGGGGCCUCGUGCCUUCCUGCGAGGCAGCCCGGGAGGAAGCCACGGGCUCCUCCCGGGCAGCAAAGUCAUGGCUCAAACCAGGCCCCACACCGAGCUGGCCACACUUGAGAGGCUGAUAUUUUUGCAGUUGGUUUGCCUUUAGAUGUUAUGAAAGAGGUUAGUGUGCUCCCUGUAAUAAACUUGUCCCUGAGAAACAGUCCUCCGUAGGAGGAGGGUA